AAGGGAAAUCUCGGUCAGGGGCUUAUUGCGCUCGGACAUUACUGUACAAUCUGAUCUGAAUAACAUGCUGCUUCUAUGUGCGCUGUUAGCGCUGGCGCUGAAGCCCAGUGACGCUGUAACAGUUGAUUACUUCGAUUAUUCUGCGUUAUUCUAUCAGACCCGCAGACCCACAGGGGAAUAUCUGUUUGACUAUAACGGGAAUGAGUUGUUCCACGUGGAUUUGGACUCGAAGUCUGUGGUUUGGACGCUCCCCGGGCUGAGCGAACAUGAAUCAUUUGAUCCACAGGGAGCCCUGCAAGAUAUAAAUGUAGCGAGAUAUAACCUGGACAUUGGUAUAAAGAGAUCAAACAGCACAGCAGCGACUAACAUUCCUCCUUUGGUCAAUCUCUACUCCUCAAAGCCUGUAGUACUGGGAGAACCCAACAUCCUUAUCUGCUUUGUAAAGAACAUUUUUCCUCCUGUGAUGAACACAACCUGGAUUAAAAAUGGGGAAAAAAUUGAAGAAGGAUUUACAGAGACAAGCUACCUGCCUGCACAGGACCAUUCCUUCCGUAAACUCCAUUAUUUGGCUUUCAUACCAAAUGAGCAUGAUAUUUACACAUGUGAGAUAGAGCACUGGGGCUUGGAAAGACCCACAAGGCGUGUUUGGCAACAUGAUGUCCCAACACCCACCUCAGAGGCCUACCAAAAUGUGAUCUGUGCAUUGGGUCUGGCAGUUGGAAUCAUUGGGAUUAUUGCUGGAGUCAUGCUCAUCAUUAAAGGGAUGAAGCAAAGUGCUGCACAGGGGAGGAGCCAGCGUUAAUGUAGAGAAAUGGGGGGGGGGUCUACUGCUUUUUAUUUCUAGUAACACUGCAUAAUAUCUUCUGCACACAACUGAUAUCGGCAGCUGAUUAUAGCUGCCGAUAUCAGUCCCUUGGACCGAUUCGGCAGCUUAUCUGCCCAUGUAGGGGCAGAAACGAGGGGCCUGGCAGACCGAUAUCUGGCCUAAAAUUGGCCAGAUAUCGAUCGGCCAGGUUAGAAAAUCCAGUCGGAUCGGGGACCGCAUCGACUCGUUGAUGCGGUCCCCGAACCGACUGCCCCAUUGCCCGUAGGUGCGGAUCCGGUGGAUCUGCCCGUGUAUGGCCAGCUUUAGUCUGUAAUGCAGGCAAUGUAACUUGAGGCUCAAAGCAGAGAAUGUUGUAAUGCUUAUAGCUCUGAUAUUUUUAUGAAUCAUACUUCACUGAAAUAAUAUUGUAAAUUUCCCCUCCCAAUGCAAUAUCAUUUUCUUCAAAUUGGAAAUCCAAUGUAUUUACCUGUUCAUUUAACCUUAAUUAUCCCAUCCCAAACCAUUCUUGUACUUAAUUCUGUUUAGAGAAGGGCAUACUGAUAGCCAGCAAAGAUCAUCAGCACUGGGUUAUCUGAAAGGCACUCACAUAAUGCCAGAAGCUGCAGCAUUACCCAGACAUUUUUCCACUGACACUCAGCAAUUUGACUGCAGUAGGAAGUUUCUGGAGACUUGAAUUAAACUCAAAGAAAAGUCUCUGGUCUCAUUCUGAAAUAACUGUAUCUAUAUUCUGCAUGGCUGGAGGCAUUUUUUUCUUUUAUUUCUUAAAGGGAUAAGUUUAACAAAUGCUUAUUUUCAGUACAACUGUACAAUAACAAUGACUAUUUCAGUUCCUUCCUACUAGAUCCUAUUAAAUCCCAUAGAUUUAAGUUAAACUUCCUCCCUCUGGUGUUUGUCCACUACACUAUAAACAGACAGUCUGAACUGUUACAAUUUCCUACAUUUGUGAUACAUCUUUCUGAAGCAUUGGCGGAAUCUCACCAAUAUAUAUAGUCCCUGUGUGUGCGGCUCACUGUCUUGUUUUUUAUAUAUAUCUAAAGGAUUAUGCUCAGUAGGGACUGAAGUUAAAAAAUAUAUCAACUAAUCAAAUUGUAGCAGUUUACUAAACUGCUCACAUUAAUAAAGAAUAGAAAAACUUCAUAACUCUUGCUGUACUUUGAAAACAGACAAUAGCAUUUGAAAGGUGAAACCCCUUUAAAUAUACAGUGAAGUCUAAGGCUGAUGGCAAAUGUUUCACCUUCUUGAACAAAAACUUGCAGACAGAAGAGAAGUGUAGAAUCCACCACUGCUACUUUCCUUUCACUUCAGUGGGAAACAUAUGACAAUUCUGGAAGUGCUUUUCUGCCCCAAAACACAAUGGACAAUAUGCCAUUUACACCAUAGCUCUAAGGUGUUAAGUAACACAAAAUCAUGGCAGUUCAUGUUUCCAGCUGUCACCUGACAAGUGCUUAUACUAGUGCUUGAGGGUGGUAUGCAAAUCAGUGGGACAAUUUUGUAUUCUUUUAAUGUGGUGUAUCUGUUCUCCUUUGUUUUGCUGAAUAUACCUUGCUUACACAAACAGAAUAGAAACUGUUCAUAUUCACCAUGAAAUAGCACUCAUAUAUCAUUGGGCAUCACACAUACUAUAAUCUCUGCUACAGUGUAUGAAAGAUUGAUUCCUUGAUUUUUUUGUUUUUAAAUUAGCUUAGCUUUUAGAUGCAUCUCUGAAAUUGAAAAUUACAUUUAAUUGCAGCCUCAAUAUUUGCAAUGGUUUCUGUGUGAUGUAUAUCAUUCUAACCCACAAUUUUAUUUGAUGAUGAUUUAAAAUACAAUGUAUGUGUUGGCUUUGAAUGAAUAUCAAAUUACCCCCAGCUACAAGGAGGAUCGUUAUUGAAUGUUGAAGUUGUAACAUCCUCUGUUAAUUGGCUUGCUCUAUGGUCUGGUAGCUCCAGAACUGCAAAGUAUUCUAUCCAGUCAUGUACUUUCUUGUAUUUUCUUAUAUAGCCCUGAUCUUGAUUGCUACUUUCUGUACAAACUAAAUGGAUGCCCUGCUGUUUUUCUUGAUCUCCUAAACAAAAAUAAAGCUAUUAAAAAGUGUAACCCCAACCCUAUAAUUCAUUUAACUUUUGUCUUUCUGUAGAGAUGAUCAGUAUAGUAAUAAUGCUUGUAACCCUGCGGUAGCUGGAAUGCAACACAUGAUUGAAGACAGAACUAUAUCUUAAGAGAUUUAUAUCUUAUAAGAGAGUGCUGUUUAAAUCUCACGUAGGACAUUUUCUUUAGUUUUGUGCCUUCUGCCUUAUGCAUUAAAUACUGUAUGUUUGCAUUCAA